AUGGCUGUUGUCUAUGCAAGUGACAUACCAGUUCUGAAAGAGGUAGAGGCUGUGAUGGACCCAGCAACCUUGUGUGCGGUGCAUUUCGUUAUUUUGGGCUAUCUUGUGGAGGCACUUGGGCUACUUAAAUCUGAUGCGGGUCGUGCAUCCUCUAUUUCUCUGUUCACAGUUGGAGAUUUUUUGAACUUCUUGAGUGCAAUAUUUUUCGCUAUUCACAUGCUCCGAACAGAACACUUUUCGAGAUGCACAAAGAAAGAAACCUUCUUGGCCCUCCUUGGAUAUGAGAUCUCAGUUGCCGCUGUGUUAUCCACCCUCUGGCAUCUCAUUGGAGGAUGGUUCAGUGGUGUUCAAGACUUUGAGCGAUCAUCUUGGACAGGCGGAAGUUCAACAGUACAGGUAUUCGGGUCUUCGACACCCAAGAAAGAAGUUGAGAAUGAUGAGACCAACAACAGCAUCCAGUUUCUCUCGGCCGUAGAGAAGCAAAAGCUGAAGAAUGGCCUCUCCGCUUCACCUCCUGUUGUCAGAUCUCGCGAGGAUGUGAAAGAUAUAUUAUAG